AUUGUCUAGAGCAUUGAUCACUCUUUCGUGUUCUUUUCUUUUAUCGCGUGUUACAAGUCCGAAAUGGCUGACCCAGCGCCAAAAUCAAAAACGAAAGCGAUCAAGCCUAAGCCCACGGAACCAGUUCCGUUGAAAAAGAGGCCCUUCAAAAGACACGGACGUCUUUAUGCCAAGGCGAUUUUCACCGGUUACAAGCGUGGACUUCGUAACCAACAUGAGCACACUGCCCUUCUAAAAGUCGAGGGCGCCAGGUCAAUCAAAGACUCCGACUUUUAUGUAGGAAAGAGAUGCGUUUACGUCUACAAGGCAAAGAAUAAGACCCCAGUUCCCGGCAACAAGACGAAAAAGACCAAGGUCCGAGCCGUUUGGGGAAAAGUAACACGUCCCCAUGGUAACAGUGGAUCCGUAAGAGCCAAAUUCAAGCGAAAUCUCCCAGCCAAAGCCAUGGGACAUCGAAUUAGAAUUAUGCUGUUCCCCAGCAAAAUUUAAGUUUUCUUGUACUAUAUAAAUAAAAAUAAA